GUAGUCACAUGGUUUGCGAGGUAAUGGAAAAGAGAGGGGAAGAAUAGUGUGAGGUGGGGUGAUUUUUUGUUUUUAAAUUUUGUGUAAAUCUAGACAGUAUUACUCCGCCAAUAAUUCACGGUCGACAUUUCACCGCCCGGGUCUACAAAUCAACGGCGCAAAAUUAUGAGUUCGCCCGACUUCGCCAACGCGCUGUUCUCCAAAUACCAAGAAGCCGCGGCGAGCUGCUCCGCUCUGCUCCUCACAGACUCCUCAACUUCUCCCUCCUCGUCUUCCUUCGCUCGUCCCGCCGCGUCGCCUUCAUGCGGCCGCGUUUCCAGCGGAUAUCGCCACAACCAUGUCUCCAAUGGGAAAGUCGGCGGAAGACUCCCCUUCCCUCCUCCCUCCUCUCCUUCUCCUCCUUCCCCCUCUUCCUCCCUUCCCUCCCCCACUUCCUCGUGGUUCUGUUUGUCUCUUUCGGGACUAAACGGGAACAGCGGGGGUGCUCAGCCCGGCGCACAUCAUCCGAACCAGGCAGAAAUAUGCGCAGGAGGCGCUUGUGGCUCUCCGCCGGGAGCUGUGCCGCUGUGCGCAUCUCUGCAGAGAUGUGCCUCCGAGCGGUUCUCCGGACCGCCUCAGCUUUGCUCGUCGGUCGCCAGGUUCCCUGAGCCGGCCCGUAGGAUGCAGCAGCAGCCCCAGCCACAACAAGAGAGGCUAGAGAUUUACCCCUGGAUGAGAAGCUCAGGUGCCGACGGGAGGCGCGGCCGGCAGACGUACACGCGCCACCAGACGCUCGAGCUGGAGAAGGAGUUCCACUUCUGCCGGUACCUGACGAGACGACGGAGGGUGGAGGUCGCGCACGCGCUCCGCCUCACGGAGCGGCAGGUCAAGAUCUGGUUCCAGAACCGGAGGAUGAAGUGGAAGAAGGAGAGGGGGGCGACAGAGAGCGGCGCCCCGACGGCUGCUCCGGCGGCGGCCGACGGACGGGAAGAGGAGGCUGAUGGAGAGGAGUGAGGCGGGAUUCCAAACUGUCCAGCUACUCCCCAUAACGGGUCAACGAGGUUGUUCACGUGCCGAACUCAAACGCCGCAUCUCCGAACAUGAGCAUCAUGUUAUGUAUUAGCUCAAUGUGUCUCUUGAACCUGGAGAGAGGGUUACGUUUGAUAGUUAUGAUCAUAAUUUACUCAUCAGAUUUAUUUCCGUGAAGCCUCUAACACCACCCGUCAGCGGCCGGCCAGGUCCCGUAGAAUCCGCAGAAUCCUCCAUGUGAUGGGAGAAUGGUCAUCACCCGGCCUGCAGCAGAGAGGAAACAGUGGGAAACAGCAGAUCUUAUGGCUUCUGUGGACACGGAGCUCCUUGUUAGUGAAAACCGUGAAUACAAAAUGGUAAAGGGAUGAUUUUGCAUUCUUUUUAUUUAUGUUCUAUUUGUUGGCAUUAUCAGACUAAUACACCUCCUCGGCUUUAGCUGAGGACACCAUGGUUAACCAGGCUGUUAAAAACACAAAGCCCUCCUCCACUCACUUCAGAUGUUUCUCUUUGCCCGGUCAACAAGCCAACACAGCUCCAGCUGUUGGAAAAAAAAGACCACAUAAUUACACUUCUUUAAUAAUCUAAAUGUGAGACAGACCUUCUCUUUGGAAACGUAUUUCUAAAGGAAACAUGCUAAACCCUUUGAAUGUUUCUUUUUUUUGUGUGCCUAAAACUGUCUUUUUACUGUAUUUCCUCUGAUCAGAAUCACACAAAUAUUAAAAAUCAGCCUUAAAAUAAAACAAUCCAGAAUGUGA